GCUGUGAUGGGAGUUCCAGAAAAAAUUAAAACUGACAAUGGACCAGGUUAUUGUAGUAAAGCUUUCCAAAAAUUCUUAAAUCAGUGGAAUAUUACACAUACAACAGGAAUUCCUUAUAAUUCCCAAGGACAGGCCAUAGUUGAAAGAACUAAUAGAACACUCAAAACUCAGUUAGUUAAACAAAAAAAAGGGGGAGACGGUAAGGAGUGUACCUCUCCUCAGAUGCAGCUUAAUCUAGCACUCUAUACUUUAAAUUUUUUAAACAUUUAUAGAAAUCAGACUACUACUUCUGCAGAACAACAUCUUACGGGUAAAAAGAACAGUCCACAUGAAGGAAAACUGAUUUGGUGGAAAGACAACAAAAAUAGGACAUGGGAGAUAGGGAAGGUGAUAACCUGGGGAAGAGGUUUCGCUUGUGUUUCACCAGGAGAAAAUCAGCUUCCUGUUUGGAUACCCACUAGACAUUUGAAGUUCUACAAUGAACCCAUCGGAGAUGCAAAGAAAAGCGCCUCCACGGAGACGGAAACACCGCAAUCGGGCACCAUUGACUCGCAGGAUGAAUCAAGUGGUGAUAUUAGAAAAACAGAUGAAGUCACCACGCACCAAGAAGGCAGAGCUGCCAACCUGGGCACAGUUAAAGAAGCUGACACUGUUAGCUAGAAAAAGCCUAGCUAGCACAAAGGUGACACAAACCUCAGAAAAAAUGCUGUUUGCAGCUUUAAUGGUUGUAUCAACAGUGGUAAGUCUCCCCAUGCCUGCAGGAGCAGCUGCAGCUAAUUAUACCUACUGGGCCUAUGUGCUUUUCCCGCCCUUAAUUCGGGCAGUCACUUGGAUGGAUAACCCCAUUGAAGUAUAUGUUAAUAAUAGUGUGUGGGUAGCUGGUCCCACAGAUGAUCGUUGCCCUGCAAAACCGGAGGAAGAAGGAAUGAUGAUAAAUAUUUCCACUGGGUAUCGUUAUCCUCCUAUAUGUCUCGGGAGAGCACCAGGAUGUUUAAUGCCUGCUAUCCAAAAUUGGUUGGUAGAAGUAUCUACUCUCAAUCCCACCAGUAGAUUUACUUAUCAUAUGGUAAGCGGUAUGUCACUCAAACCACAGGUAAACUAUUUACAAGACUUCUCUUAUCAAAGGUCAUUAAAAUUUAGGCCAAAAGGAAAACCUUGCCCCAAGGAGAUUUCCAUAGAAACAAAAGAUUUAGUUUGGGAAGAAUGUGUGGCCGAUAGUGCCGUGAUUUUACAAAACAACACAUUUGGAACUGUUAUAGAUUGGGCACCUCGAGGUCAAUUCUACCACGAUUGCACAGGACAAACUCAAUUCUGUCCCAGUGCACUAGUGAGCCCAACUGUUGAUAGUGACUUAACAGAAAAUUUAGACAAACAUAGGCACAAAAAAUUUCAGUCUUUCUACCCUUGGAAAUGGGGAGAAAAGGGAACCUCUACUCCAAGACCAAAAAUAAUAAGUCCGGUUUUUGGUCCUGAACAUCCAGAAUUGUGGAGGCUUACUGUGGCUUCAUACCAACUUAGAAUUCGGUCUGGGAACCAAACUAUAGAAACAAGAGAUUAUGAAACAUUUUACUCUAUCAACCUAAAUUCCAGUCUAACAGUUCCUCUACUAAGUUGUGUAAAACCCCCUUAUAUGUUAGUCAUAGGAAAGGUAGUUAUUAAACCAGACUCCCAAACUAUAACAUGUGAAAAUUGCAGAUUGUUUACUUACACUGAUUCGACUUUUGAUUGGCAGCACCGUAUUCUGCUUGUGAGUGCAAGAGAAGGCGUGUGGAUCCCUGUGUCCAUGGAUCGACCAUGGGAGGCCUUGCCAUCCAUUCAUAUUUUGACUGAAGUAUUAAAAGGCAUUUUAAAUAGAUCCAAAAGAUUUAUUUUUACUUUAAUUGCAGUGAUUACGGGAUUGAUCGCAGUCACAGCUACAGCCGCUGUGGCAGGAGUCGCAUUGUACUCUUCUGUUCAGACAGUAAGCUUUGUUGACAAUUGGCAAAAGAAUUCCACAAGGUUGUGGAAUUCACAAUCUGGUAUCGAUCAAAAAUUGGCUAAUCAAAUUAAUGACCUUAGACAAACUGUCAUUUGGAUGGGAGAUAGGCUCGUGAGCUUGGAACAUCGUUUCCAGUUACAGUGUGACUGGAAUACGUCAGAUUUUUGUAUUACACCCCAAGUUUAUAAUGAGUCUAGACAUCACUGGGACAUGGUAAGAUGCCAUUUACAGGGAAGAGAAGAUAAUCUCACUUUAGACAUUUCUAAAUUAAAAGAACAAAUUUUUGAAGCCUCUCAGAGUCACUUAAAUGUUGUGCCUGGAGCUGAGGCAUUAGAUCAAGUGGCAAAAAAUCUUUAUGGAUUAAACCCCACGACUUGGAUUAAGUCUAUUGGAAACUCUACUGCAGUAAAUUUUGGAAUUAUGUGUCUCUGAUUAAUCGGUUUGUUUUUAGUGUGCCGGACCAGUCGAAGAAUCCUGUGCCAAAAUCGAGAGAACGAACAAGCCUUCAUCGCCAUGGCACA